AUGGAUGGUCUUAUCUUUGGGCCUAUAGAUCUACUGGUGUUCUUCACGUACAUGGGAUACGCCACAGGCAAGAACACAGCUGAAGUGAAAGAAGGACUCAAGAGGGAUUUUCUUCCAGCUCUAGCUCUUGAAGGCGGAGCAUGGCCGCUUCUUCAGAUUGCAAACUUCAGAUAUGUUCCCGUGCAAUACCAGUUGCUUUACGUCAAUAUCUUUUGCCUAGUAGACAGUGCUUUCCUCUCAUGGGUCGAGCAACAGAAGGAUGCAGCUUGGAAACAAUGGUUUACUUCAUUUCAACCACUGAAAGAACGAGGUGGCCACGGCGGAGAUAUGGCUAAAGAAAUGAGCUAUGACCGCCUCCGAGUGGUACUCUUGGUAGAAACACUGCAGACGCCUCAAGGCAUGAACAAUAACUGA